AUGGUGCGAUGGGGCCGGGUGAACCACCCGCCGGUGCGCGGGCCGAACGAGUUCGAGAUGUCCGAGUACCAGAACGAGUACUACAGAAAGAGGGUCGACCGGAGGCAGAAGGCCGACAACCUUGCGCAGCGCGAGACCCUCGACAACAGGCACGACGGCAAGUGCCCGACGCAGUCCGAGUACCUCGCUGAGUACAAGCCCAAGAAGGUGGACCGGUCGAACGAAGACGAUCUCAGCAACGUCACGUACGACCUCACGGGACCGAUCGGGACGGGGGCCGGGAUCAGCUCGAAGUUCCCCACCGAGGGCGAGUAUCUGGCCGAGUACGGCCCGAAGCGGGCCCAGAGGACGCGCCCGCUCCAGGACCGCCAUCGCACGGAGGGCGACCACUUCCGUCACGGAGAGUGCCCGCGAGACAGCGAGUACCUGGCGGAGUAUAACAAAAAGGUCGCGCCGCGGGAGCCGCGGUUGACGGGGCGCUUUCCGCUGGCGAAGAACGUUCCGAACCGGACGGCGAAGCCCACGCCGCUCGAGCACGGCACGGAGUACAACACGAAGUACUAUCCGAAGCGCGCGGAGCGUCCGCAGCGCGCCGCGCCGGAGGGUCAAACCCCGAAGCUGUCGGGUGGUUGCCCGAAGCACAGCGAGUACCUCGCGCAGUUCCAGCGCAAGCCCAUCAACCUGAACCCGAACAACCUCCCGCGGCACAAGAUGCUCGCGCCGCGCAAGCCCGUCAAGCCCGUCGCCGUGUUCGACGCCGCCACCGAGUACGGAACGCAGUUCGACCCCAAGCGCGGCGACCCGGGCGACGAGCGGCCCGCGUGGACGCGCAACCGCUUCCGGUACACCCCGGGCGACCCCAACCGCUACAACACCACCCACCGCGCCUCGUACCAACCGGUGGAGGGUGACCGCCGGCAGCCCUUCAAGCCGCACGUGAAGCUCGUGCGCGACCGGCCGUUCGACGCGCGGCCGGAAUCGCAUCACGCGUUCCAGGACCCGGACGCCGCGAAGGACUACGCGCCGUUCGACCGCGACGGGAACGUCAACACGAGGCGCCUGCCGAAGCACCUGAUGCCGUUUGACGGAGCGUCCACGUACGGCAGCGAGUUCGUUCCGCACCCGCUGCAGCCGCGCGAGAAGGCGUCGCAGCACAAGCCGGACGCGCGGUCCGCGCCGUUCGAGGGCACGUCGCUCUACAGCGACUCGUACGUGCAACCGGACGCGCGCGCGUACGCCCACAAGGGCAAAAACCCGCUGAAGAAGCCCGGGCUCGACCCGCACAGGCUGCAGCUGUCGAACGCGACGACGUACAGGCGGUCCGCGGACUGGCUGGGUCCCCGGUCGGACAACGUGUUCAACAAGACGGGCUACGGCAAGCAGGAGCCUGACGCGGUGGGGGACGCCAGCGUGGAGGAGGCGCUCGAGCUGGAGGAGACGCGGCGUGCGCACGAGCGGGCGCGCGCGGCGACGAUGCGCGCGAACAACCGGAUGGGGGGGACGAUGGGCCGCACGGGGGUGGUGGGCGGCAGCGAGUUGGAGGGGGUGUCGACGUACAAGGAGUACUUCUGUCACGACGACAUGCUCAAGAUCGGGCUCACGAUGAACCGGCCGGUCGGGCACCGGGUCUAG